AUGGCUCCUCAUCCGGGAUCCGAGGCGGAAUAUAUCAAGGAAAAAGCCAGGAGAGAUCUCCUUAAUCUUCUCGAAGGGGUUCGUGGCAAGAAGAAUCUUGUGGUCAGCAAAGACCUGGCUGGGCCGGUAGGCCUCUUCGUCAAGUUCUCUGUACUCCAAGAGCAUGGGGUAGAUCGGGUGUUUUUACUCGAGAAUGAGAAUGUCGAUUCCUCUCAACGGAACGUUGUAUUUCUAAUUCACGCGGAGAAGCCAAGUCAUGUACAAUCCGCUGCUGAUCAAAUAAAACGCCUCCAGAAAAAUGAUGCUAAUACUGAGCAUGAAUUUUCGGUGUUUUGGGUGCCGCGGCGCACUCUGGUAUCUAACCAGAUCCUGGAAGAAGCGGGUAUCAUAGGCGACGUUAAUAUCGCUGAAUUUCCCUUGUACUUUCUGCCUCUCGAAAACGAUGUCCUUUCCUUAGAGUUGUCAGACUCGUUCAGUGAUUUGUAUCUGGACAACAAUCCUCAGCCAAUUCAUCUCUCGGCCAAAGCCUUGAUGCAGAUUCAACUACGACAUGGCUUUUUCCCACGGAUCGUUGGGAAAGGGGACAAUGCUCGAAAACUUGUUGAUCAAUUGCUUCGGAUGAAGAGGGAAUUAGAUGCUGACGGCGGCGUGGAUGGUUCUGGAGGAAAGCUCAUGGCGAGCAAUACCAUCGAGAACCUUAUCAUAAUUGAUAGGGAUGUAGAUUUUGCUACAGUUUUAAUGACACAGCUAACUUACGAGGGUCUUGUGGAUGAACUCUUUGGGAUUAACCAUAACCAUACCGAAGUCGACUCCUCGAUCAUUGGAUAUGCCGCUCCCCAGGCUUCAUCGCAGGGUCAAGCCUCGAGCGCUGCUGCUACUUCAAAACAGAGUCUAAAGAGGAAGAUUCAGGUCGACUCUUCUGACCAGCUAUUCUCCCAGCUUCGUGAUGCAAAUUUCGCAAUUGUUGGCGGCAUCCUAAACAAGGUUGCGAGAAGGCUAGAAAGCGACUAUGAGAGCCGUCACGGUGCCAAAUCAACCUCAGAACUUCGCGAAUUCGUUAAUAAAUUACCAGCAUACCAAGCAGAACAUAGUAGUUUGAAGAUUCAUACUAAUCUUGCCGAGGAAAUUAUGCGUCAUACCCGAUCAGAUAUAUUCCGCCGAACACUUGGAGUACAGCAAAAUAUCGCUGCUGGGGCGGAUUCCACAUCUCAGUAUGAUGCGAUCGAAGAGCUCAUCGCCCGUGGUGUUUCGAUUACGACCGUUCUAAGACUGUUGUGUAUAGAGUCUUGCAUUAAUGGCGGCCUCCGGCCAAAGGAUUUAGAAAACUUCAAAAAACAAAUACUCCAAGCGUACGGAUAUCAACACCUUCUGACUUUCAAUAAUCUGGAAAAGAUGGAACUCCUACAACUGCGAGCUCCGGUAGGGAUGAUACUCCCAACCGGCGGUUCAAGCACCUCUACGGGCACGAAGACAAAUUACAAAUACCUCCGCAAAGCUCUUCGUUUGAUAGUAGACGAAGUUGAUGAGCAAACCCCAAAUGAUAUAUCCUAUGUUUAUAGUGGGUAUGCUCCUUUGAGUAUUCGACUUGUCCAAUGUGUCCUGCAGAAGUCAUAUAUUCAAACGCUCAUUAAGGGGACCCCCUCACCACAAGCUGCGGCUGCAGCCGCUGGUGCGUCAUCUACAACUCCAGGCUGGCUAGGAUUUGAAGAUAUUGUUAAGAACGCCCGUGGCUCGACUUUCAACAUAGUCCCAAAAGGUGACGAAAAGGCAGCGCGAGCUCGGCAGACCCUGACUGGCUCUGGAGGAGUUAAAACGGUGUUCAUUUUCUUCCUGGGUGGCAUUACAUUCACUGAGAUUGCUGCUUUGCGAUUCAUCGCCCAAAAGGAAUCCGGACGUCGGAAUAUCGUGAUCUGUACCACGGCGAUUAUGAAUGGGGACAGGAUGAUUGAUGCGGGGAUGGAGCAAGGAAGUUUUGCGAAAUCUGCAGGAUAG